UCAAAUUGAUAACGCGAUGAAGAUACUAUUAAAUUGUCGAGAUGUUGUUGUUAACAUCUAUUGCGUAAGCAAUAAUGACACGUGAUCAUACAUAUAAGAAGGAUCAUUCCGAUGCAGCAGCAGUCGUUCGUCGAAUCUCGACGCGUAAAGUUGUCUUCGUGUACCAUCUUUGCUAUUGAUUGCAUAAAAAAAAAGAAUAUUUGGAAUAAAAUGCAAAAGUUGAUUUAUAUUUAAUACUACGUAAUAUAUGUAUAUUUAGUGAUAAAUGCAGCAAUUUGUUUUUUCAUCAUGUUAUACAUAAUCAUUUUGACUGUAAUAGCGUGCGCUCUAGGUCUCUAUUACAUUUUUAAAGAUUUGGACUUUUUCAAGAAACAUAAGAUACCGUGUAGAACACCUUUUCCAUUAUUUGGAAAUACGAUAGAAUUGUUCUUACGUCGAGAAACGGUACUUGAUUUUGUCAAUAAUAUUUAUAAGUUACAUCCGGAAGCCAAAUAUGUCGGCAUGUUUGAUAUGACAAGUCCAAUUGUAGUACUUCGGGAUCCCGAACUUAUUAAAUCUAUCGCGUUAAAAAAUUUUGAAAUGUUUCCGCAUCAUCGCAGUUUCAUCGAGGAAGAUCAAGAUCCAUUAUUCGGCAAAAAUCUGUUUGCUCUCAAAGGGGAGAGAUGGCGACAAGUACGACCUUUACUGAGUCCAGCUUUUACAUCUAGCAAAAUGAAAAGUAUGUUUAUACUGAUGUCGGAUUGCGCCGUCAAAUUUAGCAAUUAUUUGGUGCAAAUGCCAGCAGAAAAGAAGAUAAUGGAUAUAAAAGAGGCAUUUACGAGAUACACAAAUGACAUAAUAGCUACUUGCGCUUUUGGUAUCAGCGUCGAUUCUAUGAGAAACCCGAACAACGAAUUCUACGUUUACGGCAGGGAGGCGACUACUUUCGGCACUGUCGCCGUACUAAAAUUCUACUUAUUUAGAAGCUUGCCUUGGGUGGCAAAAAUACUUAAAAUAAGAAUGGUUCGUCAAAAAAUAGCAGAUUUUUUUCAAGAUCUCGUAGAGACCACCAUAAAAACUAGGGAUGAAAAUGGUAUCGUUCGCCCAGACAUGCUGCAACUGAUGAUGGAAUCUAGAGGUAAGGAGAGCAAAGCAGAAUUGUCUAUCGAAGAUAUGGUAUCUCAAGCAUUCAUUUUCUUUUUUGGUGGUUUCGAGAGCACAUCGACGUUAAUGUGCUUUGCCGCUCACGAAAUUGCGGUGAAUCAAGACGUACAAAAGAAACUUCAAGAUGAAAUUGAUCAAGUUUUGGAAGAAUCAAAUGGAAAAGCACCCUACGAAAUAGUUAAUAACAUGGAAUAUAUGGAUGCCGUAAUUAAUGAAGCUCUCAGAAGAUAUCCGGUUGCACCAGCAUUAGACAGAGUAUGCGUGAAGGAUUUUGAAUUACCACCGACAUUGCCAGGAAUAAAGCCUUUUACUAUAAGAAAAGAACAAGGCAUAUGGAUACCAGUUUAUGGACUUCAUCAUGAUCCUCAGUAUUUUGAAAAUCCGGAAAUGUUUGAUCCUGAACGAUUUAUUGGUGAGCGGAAAAAAGAGAGCCUCAAUUGCGGAGCUUAUGUCCCAUUCGGGCUGGGUCCAAGAAUGUGUAUUGGUAAUAGAUUCGCUAUAAUGGAAACGAAAGUUUUGCUGUUUCAUCUAUUGUCACGUUGCGAUUUGAAAACUUGCGAGAAAACACGGUUACCGCUCAAGAUCGCUAAAGAUGGCUUCAAUGUGAAACCCGAAGGUGGCUUCUGGUUGAAUAUAUCACCAAGGAAAAAUAUUCAUCACAGUAUUGCUACUAAUGCUGUCAAUGGGACACGUCGACUGUAAAAUGGAGAAAACACCAAUAUCGUAAUGGACAUAAAGGACUUGUCUUCUUUAGAAGAAGAAGCAUGUUGCUGCAAUUUUGGAAAAAAAUAUUAUAUUAUUGUAUUAGAAAUAUUUUUGAUAUCCUAAAAAACAGAAUUAUUUAUAUUUCUAAUUGCUAAAAAAGGAGAGCGAGCAUAAAAAGAUAAAUGCUUAAAAAAAACGAACGCUUUUUUUUAUCUUGCAUCAUAAUUAUAUAUCAAUGUAUAAUGAGAAUCAUUUUUUACAGAUGGACGUCAUUAUUACUGUCAUAAUUAACUACAUGUUUUUAGAAUACUCUGUUAUAUUAUAAA